AGUCCCUUAGAUGAGGAAGACCGCACCUUGAAUGAGCGCUAGCUGAAACUGGAGAUGUACAUGUGAAGGGUUGGCUUUCAACAUUUCCUUUUUUUCUCUUCUGCUUCUUCUAACCAUAGGCAGUCACGGGGCAUUAGGAUAUUAACAUACAAUGCUGUUGUCUUUAUUGUUUUAAGUAAUCCUUGUCACUGAAGCCAGGUACUUAUAAUCACGGAAAGGUGAAGGAGAUGAAAGACAGCUUGGUACAUGUAGAGCCGGACGACUGUUUUUUUCUCCCUCUAUUUCCACACAAAGUUCCUAUGUUUUUCUGCUGCGAGAGUUGGGGAACUAUUCUGUGAGCUACCUGCCAUCAGAAAAUCGAAGGACAAUUUGUUUGUAGAUAUUUUUCGAAAUUUAUUUCAUUUUAUUUAUCCUGUGGGAAAAGAGAGCAACUUUUAUUCCAGUGUGUGUUCCACCAGGCACCCAGACUGAUUGGAGCGUCAGUCAGACAGCGAGCCAUGCGAGGGCAGCGUGUAGCAGAUUGUGUGCGUAGACCAUGUGGAGGCUGGACAGUGGUUGUCUGGCUGCUGUUGUCCCUGCUAGGUUCCCUGCUACUGGUGGGCAUCAGUGGGAUUCUGCAGAUCGAUAUGACCAAAAUCAGCAGACGAGCCAUAUCCACCAAUAGCACAACGACGAUGACUGCCAUGAAGACAACGCAUUCUCAAGUGCGUCUGGUAAACGGGCGUAACAGGUGUGAGGGGCGUGUGGAGGUUUGGCACAACGGGACAUGGGGUACAGUGUGUGAUGACGACUGGGACAUGGUAGAUGCCAACGUGGUGUGUCGGCAGCUGGACUGUGGUCUGGCCAUGGUGGUGGGCAGCAUCUCAGAGUAUGGCCAGGGCUCAGGGCCCGUCCUGCUGGACAAUGUAGACUGCAAAGGAGGGGAGACAGACCUGGGACAGUGUGGAAGUCUGGGCUGGGGCAUCCACAACUGUUACCACUAUGAGGACGUGUCUGUCACAUGCAAAGAUACAUCAGUGCUGGAGUCACGGGGCAUGGGCGAGCCCACCACUCCGUCUAGGAGAAACUCAGGGUUAAGAGAUGGUACGAUCCGGUUAGUUGGUGGACUGGACUACUGCCAGGGACGGGUGGAGGUCUACUACCGUGGCAGCUGGGGGACGGUGUGUGAUGAUGACUGGGGUAUGAGAGACGCAGGGGUGGUGUGCCAGCAGAUAUACUGUGGCCAUGCCGUUUCCUCCACCACCAAUGCCUAUUUUGGCUACGGGACAGGCCUGAUUCUACUGGACAACGUCAACUGUAAUGGCUACGAGAACCAGCUGAGUAAAUGCUACAGCCUGGGCUGGGGGAUACACAACUGUGGACAUCAUGAGGACGCUGGGGUUAUCUGUUCAGGCUCAGGAUCCACUACCGUUCUUCCUAUGAACACUGACACCAUGGGCAUGGGAAGGGGAUUCUUACAGACUGCCAGCACUGCAGUAACCGACCAAACAGAAUUAGUCACCGAAGCAACUACGGCUGUGACAACGAUUGCUAUGACAACAAGAGAGCGGCCCACCAUCCGUGUGGUGAAUGGUAACAGCAGCUGCCAGGGCCGUGUGGAGGUGUUCCACAACAACCAGUGGGGCACGGUGUGUGACGAUGACUGGGAUCUGCCCAAUGCCCAGGUGGUGUGUAGGCACCUGGGCUGUGGCCCUGCCAUCUCUGCCAAGGUCCUGGCCUACUUCGGCUACGGCUCGGGCCCCAUCCUGCUGGACAAUGUGGACUGUAGGGGCAGUGAAGGGGAGCUGGCGGCUUGUUUCCACCUGGGCUGGGGACAGCACAACUGUGGACAUCAUGAAGACGCUGGAGUCAUCUGCACACCCUUUCAGCUUGUGGCACCUGGAAAUGACUUCGGGAUGACAGAGAGAACGCCCACCACUAGACCACCAAGUGAAGGCCUGGCGAGGUUGGUGGGCGGGCAGCACCGCUGCGAGGGCCGGGUGGAGAUGUUCUCAGGGGCGGAAUGGGGUACGGUGUGCGACGAUGCCUGGGACAUGCCUGAUGCCCAGGUGGUGUGUCGCCAGCUGGGCUGUGGGGAGGCUGCUGCGGCCCGUGGGGAGGCCUUCUUUGGGCCCGGCAGCGGCACCAUCCUCCUGGACAAUCUGAAGUGCAGCGGCUCUGAGGCCUCGCUCCAGCAGUGCUCCCACAUAUCCUGGGAAGUGCACAACUGUGACCACUCUGAAGACGCCGGCGUCACCUGCUCACUGUCGUGAUUCCAGCAGUGAUUCGCCGCCAUGGAGCCGCUAAACUCUUCCCAACUCCACUGCCAACUAAUUGGACGGGCGCCAUGGGUAGCACAACCCGGGACUUGUAAACAUUAUGUAAAUAACAGCUCAUCCCAAUGCCAAACAUAAGGAAGACUACAACAACAACAAACAAACAAGCAAAGAAAACAAACUAACAUAUGAUGAUAUAUGAUUAAAUAUUAUAAUAAUCUAUUCCUAUUAAGCACUUUAUAAAUAUAUAUAAAUAUAUAUUAUAUAAAAUACGCUGUACACAUUUUUUUUAUAUUUGAUAAACAGUGGAAACCAAAGUUUUUAACCGACUCUCUGUCUCUCUGGCUCUUUUCUUUUUUUUGUCAAGAUGCUAAAUAGAGGUCCUCCCACUAACCCUCUUCUCACUAGCAGCACACACAGCCAUAGUGUACUGUACCAGGGCAUGGUGAGCAACAACAACAACAACAAUCCAGGCCCACAAUACCAAAGCCAAACUUAUAGAAAUAGACUCUAUAGAGACUAUAGACUAUAGAAAAGGCUAUGUAUUUCUAUGGCCAAAUCUAUUUGUUUGAAUAUAGACAGAAAGAUGGACAGUACAUGUACAUGACACUGUAGUGCUCUUGGCACAUGCUUCCUAAUUUGAUAAGAUUUGUAAUGUAUUAUUCCUGAGCAGAGGUGGAUGUGUAUCUGAAAUCUGAUCAUGAUGACUUCCAAAGCCCCAGUAUUUUGGUUAUUUUGCUGAAAUAUUUGUAAAAUUUGACACCUUUAUUGUGUAAAUAAUCACCCUAGCUAGCUUGUGUUCUAUUUUUUCCUCUCUUGUGAAACAUGAUGACCCAUUAUUUUCUGUCUGACUUGUGUAUUUUGAUGUCUGGUUUUGGAAAAGGCUUGCUUGUUCUCUCUCUCUCUCUCUCUCUCUCUCUCUCUCUCUCUCUCUCUGUCAGACACAGUGCUAUUUCAGGUGGAGUAUGGCAUAUGAUCUAAGCCUUAGCUAUAUCCUUAAUGUGAAAUUAGUUAUCUUCAAUUAUCUGCUCGUGCCUCUUCAUUCGUAUUUUGUAUCAGACAUUUCACACUGCAAGGUGUACAUUUCAUUUCAGUGUGUGAGGAGUUAAUAUCUGUGUCUGUGAGUUAAUAUUUGUGUGUCUGGCAGGUGAGUCAGAUCUACUGUACUGUUUGUGAAUGUGUGCGUACAGUAUAUACAGUCAGUGACAUGUACACUGAUUGGGGAAUUAUUACAAUAUGGCAGCAGUCAGAUUACUCAAAUCUGUCACUGCAAUGAUUAAAUCUGAAUCUGAAAAAGUCGAAAUGGGGAAUGAAUGAUUGGGAAAUGUUACUUUAAUAACACCAUAAAUGGGGUUGAGAGGGAGGGCACAAGAAUCGGUUAGCCUUCAUCAGAAACGAUAGUUAACUUCUUGCCACUCAUGGCACAACGAUUCUCAGGUUUAACGAAGUGCCUCAACUAUAUGGGGUCAGGAAAUUAAUCUGAAUGAAUUGAGGUGUUAGGCUCACCAAGUUAUUCCAGAGUCUGUAUGGCAUGGUGCGAAAUGUUAUGUACAGUCGCUAGUGAAAGUCUACAUACCCCUUGCACAGUCUUCCCAUUUGCUGCCUUAAAGUUUAAUCUCAAAAGGGAAUACAUUCGAUUUUUUCCUAGACAACCUACUCCACAUUUUCAAAGUUAAAGAAAAAACUCAGAACAUUUUCAAAAUGAGUUUUAAAAAAAUUCAACGAAGUUCUCUUGAUUACGUAUGUAUACACACCCCAGAAUUAACACUUGGUGGAACCACCUUUGGCAGCCAUUACAGCUGUGAAUAAUUUUGGAUAAGAUUCUACCAACUUUGCAAAACUCUUAGGGCAACAUUAAUCCAUUGUUUAUGUCAAAAAUGCUCAAGCUCAGUAAAUUUGCUUUGGAGUCGUUGAUGGACAGCUACAGUAUAGUCGAACCUUGUCUCUGAAUUUAAAGCAAAUUUACGUCAGGACUGAGGCUGGACCACUCAGGAACACUCAACACCUGUUAGAAAGCCAUUCUGGUUUGCCUUUCACUUUAAACAUUCCAGGGUUAGGAAUUCAAAAGACUGAGACAGGUUUUCCUCCAACUUUAUCCUGGGCUUUGCUCCUUUCAGAUUUCAUAUUUUGUUUGAUCCUAACAAACUCCUCAGUCCCUGCCAGUGACUAGCAUACCCAUAACAUGAUGCUGCCACCACAAUACUUGAAAAUACAGAGGGGUUCACUCUGUGUUGUGUUCUAUUGGAUUUGACCCA